UUCGUUGUAUCCCAGUCGAUCUGAAGAGCUCUGGAUUGAACGAAAUGAAACAUGUUGACGGCAGUGGAUAUGACAAAGCUAUUUAAAGCAGAAUGUGAGAUUUAGUCAAGGAUAAUGGCCCUAUACCUUCAGGUUUUGGUUGUUCUGCUCUUAAAAGAUCUACAACAGCUUCUGGGUGUACAUCUGAAGGUACUGGAUAUCCCUUCGCCGACAACAUUAGGGCAAUCUAUCGAAUUGACUUGCUCGUACGAGCUUGAUGGUGACCAACUGUAUUCUGUAAAGUGGUACAAAGAUAAUACGGAAUUCUUCAGAUAUUUACCAUUAGACUGGCCCCCUGGUCAAUUUCUUCCUCUACCGGGCGUUCGAGUAGACCUUUCAAAAUCAGGCAAAGAUACGGUUUACCUGAACCAUGUCACUUUAGAAACCGCUGGAGUGUACAGAUGCGAAGUCUCCGCAGAAGCUCCGUCAUUUCAAACAGUUGAAGCAAGUAAAGAAAUGAAAGUUACCGUCUUUCCAACAGAAGGACCAAUUAUAAAUGGUGCAAGACCGGAAUACAUCGUCGGAGAUACUGUAAACAUCAAUUGCACUUCAGCUAAAUCCAAGCCUGCGGCAAAGAUACGCUGGUACAUCAAUGAUGAAAUAGUAGGUUCAACAAGAAAGUCACAACAUUUCUUUUUAAAAUAUAUAUAUUAUAUUUUAACUUUAAGGUGA